AUGCGUUCAACCCAGGUUCUGGCUCACCUCUCGCUAUUCCUCUCGUCUGCUCAAGCUUUCUUCCCGUUUGAGGUCGAUAGUCACUGUCCAUUUGUUGGCGGUUGCGGGUCUUCUGGAGCAAAGGAGACUAGGGAUCAAGAAGCGCUUGGAGAAGAUGUGGUAAACGCCAUCAAGGCCAUCAAGAACCCGGCCUUCCAUGUCGGUCCCCAGAUUACCAAAGACUCGACGGAGGAUCCUCAGUCUGACCGAGUUGCACGCGAGGUCGAACGUCUCACUCGCAAGUAUGCGAGGUUUCAAUCCGCCGAGGUAGUCAGAGAGAGGGCUCGCAAUGCCAAGAGACAGAGCCUCUACCGCAUCAUCACCGCAGCGGACACCACCCUCAAGAAUGCCGCCCCUGUCGCUCAGGAUGGCACGGACUUCUCUUACUUCGCCCAAGUCAAGUUCGGCUCUCAGCAGAAGGCUUUGUGGAUGCUCAUCGAUACCGGAGCUGGCACUAGCUGGGUGAUGGGCUCUUCCUGCAAGUCAUCCGCCUGCGAGAAGCAUGGCUCCUAUGGUCCAACCGACUCCGACUCGUACAAGGACCUUUCUGAAGGCUUCUCUGUGGCCUAUGGCUCUGGAUCAGUCAAGGGCCAGAAGAUUUCAGACACCAUCUCAUUUGCCGGCAUGAACUUUGACUUCCAGUUCGGUGUUGCCAACGAAACCUCCGACGACUUCAACCACUUCCCCUUUGAUGGCAUCCUGGGUCUCUCGAUGGCAGGUGGUGAGACGGAGAACUUCGUUCAGGUUGUCCAGAACUCCAAGCAGCUUGAUGCCACCAUCUUUUGCGUCUAUCUGAACAGAGCCGCUGACGGACCGAACACGAGUGAAAUCAGCUUUGGUUCCUGUAACCCCGACAAAUACACCGGCAACUUCACUUACACCGCUGUUGGCUCUGAGAACGGCGACUGGGCGAUUCCUUUGGACGGCAUUGCUUACGACGGUCAGAAGUCCGGUGCGGCUGGCAAGCUUGCCUACAUUGACACUGGAACGUCUUACGUCUUUGGACCCCAGACUGACGUAGCCGCAUUCCACGCCAAUAUCCCUGGCUCAUCCUCGGAAGAUGGCACCACAUUCAAGGUGCCGUGUGACAGCAACAAGGACGUUACAUACACCUUUUCUGGUACCAGCUAUGUCAUCUCUGCGAAGGACUGGCGGGGAUCUCAGAACAGCGAUGGCACUUGUACGAGCAACAUCUAUGGGCAUGAGGUCGUACCAGGAGCCUGGUUGCUGGGUGAUGUUUUCCUCAAGAACGUUUACGCGGCCUUUGACAAGGACCAGAAGCGUAUUGGAUUUGCAACCAGGAAUGAUCCCCCGCCAACCACCACUACUACAACGGCUGAUGCCACCGCCACACCCGCAGUUGUGAACCAGCCCGGCAUCACCACUGUCGUCUCAGCAGGGACGACGGCCACUCUUGGCCUCAGCGGCCAUGAGACGUCUGCCGCAGCCGCUACGCAGUCCACAGGCACGCAAUCUGGCGCAGCAGCCUUUGCCUCUUUUGCCUGGGUCAACGUCGCUGCCGCUGCGUCCUUCUGCCUCUUCACCACGUUCGGAUUCUACUGA